GUCCCAACUGUGCUCGGCCCAGCAGAUCAGAUUGCACUUUGACCCCCGGCCUGUGUGACAAAGGCUGAAGGAGGCACGCCAGAGAGAACAAGAGACCCAGAGAAGGGGAAGCCAGCUCUGGAAGGAUCGAGGCGCCGGGGAAGAAGGCUUGGGAAGCACAGCCUCGGACCCGACUCUGAAGAGCCAGAGGAAUGAGGACCAGCGGGCACCAGGGAGGUCGGCCUGGGUCAGCGCUCAGAUGAGCUCAAAGGGUAAGCUGAGGGUGGACGUGGAGGCUCUGAACACCGGUGUGGACAGUCAGGAGUUUCUCUGCAAGUCAAGGUUUUGGGGUCAAAUUCCUCCCAGAUAUGUGUGUCCUUUGGCCCACAGAGUGGUGGGUUUUUGUUGUUGUUGUUGUUUUUCCUCCUUUUUUAAAUUAGAUACCAGCAUUUAGACUCCAAGAGUGAUCUGGGUACGACCUAGACUCUAAGGGUCUCCAACACAGGGGGGAUGAGGCCCUGUGGGGCACGUCAGCCACUCUAUGUGCUGGCCUCAUAGGCAGCACGAGUCUGAGAGCCCUGCCCUGGCCUCUGGGUGCCUGGAGAGGACCUUGUUCUGGAGAGGUGCAGAAUUAGAGCUGUGCUCCAGGUCCAGCUGGUGACCAUUAAUAUGAGUGAUAAUGACCCCAAGAAGGAGGAGAAAGAGGAGAGGAAGAGGAUUGGCUGAUGUUUCCUGAGCUUUCACGAGGUGGAGGCAGUCUAGAUCUGGAACCCACAGCCCUGGUGAGAUGGGGGCGAGUGACUCUCCCUUGGCCUCUCACCAGAGGACGUUGUCUGUCUUCGAGGGCAAGGAGGUGCCACACGUCUAGCCCUGAUCUGGGCACUAAUGCCCGGUGCUUUCCCCAUCUGCUCUCAGGAGGGCCAGAGGGAGGGCAGAGGCACUCACAGGCAGGCCAGGUGGCUUGGCUGCGGUCCCGGGCUCAGCCUUCCCUGCUGCUAAUCUCGGACCUCCCCGCCGGGACAAGCAGACCCCAUCAGGAAGGAAACAGACGGGGAGGAUCUCAUGCCACACCUGCCACGGCUCCACCUGUCUCGCAGCUCACCACACCCAACACUCGGAGCCCAGUGGAUUUGCAAAAGAGAAAAUAAAACACACACACAUGUAAUAACCAACCCCGUGCAUUUCCUGGCAUCGGGUGACUAUUUGGUCAAGAGCUUCCUCCCUCUUUGUGUACCUGCUGGACACUCCUAACAUCCUCCAGCUGCUGCCGGCUAGGAGGCCGAUCACAAGCUCAGCCCUGGGGCACAACCCCCACUCCCACCCCCAGGAAAAGCAUCGAAGCAUCCGAGGAGGCCAGCGCCGAGAUCUGUUGGCCCUGAGCCCGGUGGCCACCCGCUGCCAGCUCAAAGUCACCUUUGCUCCACCACCCACCGGCCACUGGCUGACCAGAGCCAGCCCAGAACCCCCUCCAGCUCGGCUCGGCAGGAACCAGGAACCGGGCCCUAUUGGGCAAUCAUUAAUAGGAUUCUUGACAUUCUUCAGCCCCGGGUCUGCUUUGGGAAGCAUGCUCCCCGGAAGAGGAGGAGCGGAGGCCCAGGACUGGCAUUUGGACAUGCAGCUGGCAGGCAAGGUGGUGCUGUCCGCCGCUGCCCUGCUCCUGCUGACCAUAGCCUACAGGCUGUACAAGUCGAGGCCUGCCCAGGCCCCGCCGCGGGGCAGGAACACCAAGGCCGAGGCCAAGGAGGAGGCCGAGGGCUCCGGGCAGCCUGCGGCCCAGGGAGCUGCUCCCGGGGCACCGCACGGUGCGCUGAGACGCCGGAGGGGAAGCGAGGGAGCCAGAGCAGCGCAGGGCCAAGGCUGGGAGAAGCAGGGGGACUCCCGAGUCCCGGCAGCAGGACCCUCUCCCGAAGACUCAGAGGCCCAAGAGGUUCGGGAGCCCGAGAAGGACGGCGCUGGUGAGGAAGGGGGUGGGCAGCGCCCGGACUCUGGGCUGGCACCUCCUCGCUGCAGUGGCCCGGAGGUCGGAACAGCUGCUGGCGGUAAGCCCGAGCCACCCCGGCACCCCCAUUUGGGCUGCGGAUCCCAAAGCUCCCCCGCAGCAGACAGCAGCGGUGCGGGUGGCAAGCCUGCCCCUUGGCAGGACGGCGGCCCCCCCGGGCAACUGGGACCCGGGCAGCAGGACCCCACCCCCGCCAACUGGGCGGCCCACGUGGAAGGCAAGACUGACAUGAGCAAGAGUUGGAUCUUCACCCACAGGGAAGAGGCCGGGGCCCUCCGGGCCGCCGGGGACCUGGGCCUGACCCUGCAUCAGCGCGAGGGGGCCACCAGCGCCUCCUACACCUACUGGUCAGUGGCCCGGGUGCGUGUGGAGGAGGAGGUGGAGGGGAUCGGGCCCAGGCUGAAGGGCAAGGUAUACGAUUACUAUGUGGAAUCCACCUCCCGCGCCAGCUCCAAGGGCAGGCUGGCCCUCAGAUCGGUUGCCGGGGCUGAGGCCCCGCCCCCUGUGCCCCUGCCAGGCCCCUCGGGGACAGGGGCGGUGUCAGGAGGCCACGCCGAUGACCGGGAAGGUGGAGCCCACACACCCACCGCCCCCCAGCCUGGGCCGUCACCCUCCACGCAAGGCUUCAGCAGGAAGGACAGCCUGCUCCAGAUCACGGAGAACCCGGAGCUCCAGCUGCGGCUCGAUGGCUUUGGGGCCACCAGGCCGUCCUGCCCAGAUGGGAGCAACUGGCCCGGCUGCCCCCUGCCCCCCGCGUCUCUCGGGGCCGGCUCGGCCGGAAGCAGCGGGGAGCCCUGCGUGCAGCUCGUGGCGGGGACAAAUUUCUUCCAUCUGCCGCUGGCCCCUGGCUCGGCUCCGGAUGUGCACCUGGAUCUGGGCAACUGCUACCAGGUACUGACCUUGGCCAAGAGGCAGAAGCUGGAGGCGCUGAAGGAGGCGGCCUACAAGGUGAUGAGCGACAACUAUCUCCAGGUCCUGCGCAGCCCGGACAUCUACGGCUGCCUGAGCGGGACGGAGCGGGAGCUGAUCCUCCGGCGGCGGCUGCGGGGCCACAGGCACCUGGUGGUGGCCGAUGUGUGCCCCCCGGGGGACUCGGGCCGUCUCUGCUGCUACGAUGAGGAGCGGGACGUCUGGCGCCCACUGGCCUGCCUGCCCCCCGAGGCUGUGUCCCGGGGCUGUGCCCUCUGCAGUCUCUUCAACUAUCUCUUCGUGGUGUCCGGCUGCCAGGGGUCUGGGCCCCAGCCCUCCAACCGCGUCUUCUGCUACAACCCGCUGACGGGGAUCUGGAGCGAGGUGUGCCCGCUGAACCAGGCCCGGCCGCACUGCCGGCUGGUGGCCCUGGACGGCCGCCUGUACGCCAUCGGGGGCGAGUGUCUGAACACGGUGGAAUGCUACGACCCCCGCCAGGAUCGCUGGACCUUCGUCCCACCGCUCCCCAACGACACCUUCGCGCUGGCGCACACGGCCACAGCCUGCGCCGGCGACAUCUUCGUCACGGGCGGGACCCUGCGCUACCUGCUGCUGCGCUUCUCGGCCCGGGAGCAGCGCUGGCAGGCCGGCCCCACGGGCGGCGGCAAGGACCGCACGGCCGAGAUGGUGGCGGUCAACGGCUUUCUCUACCGUUUUGACCUCAACCGCAGCCUGGGCAUCAGCGUGUACCGCUGCAGCGCCAGCGCCCGCCUCUGGUACGAGUGCGCCACGUACCGGACGCCCUACCCCGACGCCUUCCAGUGCGCGGUGGUGGGCGACCUCGUGUACUGUGUGGGGCGCCAGCGCACGCUCUGCUUCCUGGCCGACCACAUCUCGCCCAGGUUCCUGCCCAAGGAGCUGCAGAGCUUCCCCUCCCCGCGGGGCACCCUCCUGCCCGCCGUCCUGACCCUGCCCGGCCCCGACGUGCCGCAGACCAGGGUCUAGCCACCCCCCUGCCUCACCUCUGCUGCCAAACCGGGAAGCGGAAAGCACCCCCGACCUGCCGCUCCGUGGGCCAUUUCUGGGAGAGCAGGCCGCUCAGGCGUUUGGCCAGCAAGGGGUGGAUUCUAAUCCUACAUGCUCCGCUGGCCGGGGCCCUCGGAUGCGGCUUUGCUGUCGGUGGGAUGCAGAGGUGCAGCAUGAAAAUGGAACCAGGGCCUGGUGCCCUGAGGCUGAGGGCAGCCACGUGUGCAGGGAUGAGUCCCCCCUUGCUUCAAAUCUAAAUUGUUGGGGGAAGGGCUGUCAGAACCUCGCCAAAGUUCAGGGGUGCAGCCCAAUCCCAACCACAGUUCCUAGUGCCAGGUGAUCCUCAAUAACCUCCUCGAGCCAACCCUGCUGGAGGUGGGCCAGCUCCCUAUAUACCACUACGGUGCCUUCCUAAACACUGGCCCCUGAGCCCCUAACUCCAGAGUUCCAGAAACACCUGGGACACACAGGGAGGUGGUUCUGGGUUGUGCCAAAAGCCCUGGGGAGCCCCGGAGGGGGCCCGGCCAGAGGAGAGAUGGUUGGAGAAGUAGAACAGCUGCAGUGGGAGCUGCCCAUGGGACCCUUGCCUGCAGAGUAAAUUGACCCUUACCCAUUUGACUUUCUCUUAUUACCUGGAAUUCUAGUCUACUAGGAGGAGACGCCUCCAAUUAGCAGCCAUUUGAAAACAUACAUCUUGGGACACCUGGGUGGAUCCCAGGGUCCCGGGAUCGAGUCCUGCAUCAGGCUCCCUGCAUGGAGCCUGCUUCUCCCUCUGCCUGUGUCUCUGCCUCUCUCUCUGUCUCUCAUGAAUAGAUAGAUAAAAUCCUUCCAAAAAAAAAAAAGAAAGAAAGAAAAGAAAAGAAAAGAAAAGAAAAGAAAAGAAAAGAAAAGAAAAGAAAAGAAAAAGAAAAAGAUGCAUCUUGUAGUGGUCCAUGAAGAACCCAAGGGAUUCCACAUCUGAGGUCUCCGGAGAGGGAGGAGGAGAUGUGAUCUGAGGGCACCACCCCCCCCCCCGUCCUCCUCUGAGCUCCCCUGCUUGGACGCGGUGAUAAGUGACCACAGACUCCCGCCCCAGAUCUCAGAGCCUGCACGAAACAGCUGUCCAAACAACACAGCCCUCACCUCGGGGAGCAGGGGCAGCCACCACCAGGCACCCGUCCCGGGCUGGUGAGAGAUGAUGGCAUAAUUUCUCCUCCCUGCCUGUGCCACGUGGUCACCUGGUCUGCCUGGUUGGACAGGAGAGCAGGGAAGGGCAGGUCCAUGCGGGAGCUGAGGACCUAGAAUAGUCCAGUUGCCCAUUCUUCCUGGAGGGAAGGGAGAGAGACUGGUCAGAUCUACUGCCACAGCCUCGUCUCCUCGCUGAGGACGACGCACACACAGAUAGAAGGGCAGCGAUGCUCCUGGGGCCAGCAGGAAGCCAGGGCAGCUGGGACCCCUCCUAAAGUGACAAACAGCCUGGAGGAAAAUGGUAGAGAUGGGGGUGCAGCAGGGCAGGCCUGGCAAGUGGGGAGCUGAGGAUGCUUUGGAUGUCAGCGUUCCUACCUGACAUCCUGAAAAUGGGAAGGACGAUUGGCGGCCUUCUCUGCUAGAGAAAUGAGAACGCCCAGAAUAAAUCCUUCCCAAAUUCCCCUGGGGGUCUGGACAGGCGCUCUCGUUCACUGCAGCUGCCAGGGCUGAGCCAGGGUCUUCCUAGAAAGUGUAUGAUUAGAGCAAGGAAUACUGGGGAGGUUGGCGUGGAGACGAGAACUGUUAUUGGACCACUCAAGGCCACUGUCCCCAUUCUAGGGCCUAGAAGGUGAGGCUGCCUACUUUACUUCUAAAUUGGAGCCUGGUGACCCCACAGCCCCUGCCAAGGCCAUGCUCAAGCUCAGAGCCAACACUCAGGCAAGAGCCUCCAAGGGACCCUUGGCGGGGAAGCGAGGUAACUCAAUGACAGGACUGAGAGGCGGCGUUGGCAUCAUGAUGCUAGGCUGGGGGUUGUUUGGGAGGUGAACCCCAAGUGGGAGCUGGGGGCAGAUGGAGCCAGAUCCAGCCCCCAAGGGCAGGCCUCCAGCGAGGAGCCAGGCAAUGGACUAGACUGCAACCAAGCAGGGAGACCAUGAGGGCGGAGGGGGUGCUCCAAGCCCAGGGUGAACUAGGGAUCACCCCAGAAAACUUUUCAGAGCCCCCCUGCCUGGGCCAUGGUCCUGUGGUCGGGAACAGGGAAACAGCGGAAUUCGUUCCAGACCCAGUGAUGGUGGAUAUGGUCUUCAGGAUGAAGGGAGGGUUGAGAUGGAAAGUACGGGCACAUCUCAUCCACCUCCCUGUGGUCCUGGGCAGACAUCACUAAUCGAUCACCUUAUCUUUUCAUGUUGAGCCUCAGAACCGGUCUGACCCAGGUGAGAGCUGGUGCGUUUCUCAUCACCGGCCUGGGUGUCCAGAGCUAGCAUCAGGGCCAUCAUGGUAGAUAGAGCAAGGUAGUUCGGGGGGCCUGCAAAGACCACCUGGGCCGACAGUCAGGAUUCACUCGUGGAACAUUUAGGCCAGGCACUGUUCCAGGUGCUGGGUAUGCGGAAGGUCCCUGCCCUAACAGGGCCCACGUCCUGGUGGAGGAAAAUAGGUAAUUUUUAUAAACAAAUGCCUAAACAAAUGAAUGGAACCUAUGCUGCACACACGCUAGGAAGGCAGGGGAGGCAGGGAGGUAGCAUAAUGCCAUCAAGGGCAGGGCUGCCUCCGAGGAGCUCCACCUCUGCGUGAAGAGGACAGGAAGCCAGCUAUCCUGCUCUAGCCAUUCCCGCAAGGGAGAGAAUCCCGUUCUGCCAAAGAUUAGGAAGGAGGCUCCUCGCAGGGAGGUAAGCCACCUUCGCAGGAGAGAAGCAGAGAGCACGCGUUUAAGGGGAGAGUCCAGAUCACACGCCACCGCCACCCCUGAGUGUGUCCGGGUGUCAGCCUGCCUGUGGUCCUCCACGGGGUCAGAGUCUAGGAUCGGCACUCGGCCUCGUGUGAUAGCCCUGUCUGGCCACCUCAAGCCCUCAGCCUCCCGGGGGGCCUUGUCCCUUGGCUUCUCCUUGGGUCAUCCGUCCUGCUUCCCCAUGAAGUGUUUGUUCUUUAUAAUACAACAACAAAAAAAACCCCAACCCUUCAGUUUGGGUUGCUUUCCACAUUAGGCCAACCACGACAUUGUAGGAAAGAAAUUUGGAAAAUACAGAAGUACAAAAAAAAAAAAAAAAAUCUCCCUAGUUUCACCACCCAGAGACAACCCCCUCUGCAGUGUGUGCCCCUCCAGCCUGGGCAUCCUUUUCUGUGGCUUGAUUUUUGCCUACGUGUGAUUAUGCCCAAGUUACAAUUCAGCUGCUUCCUUUUUUUCACUCAGCUUUUUAGUAUAUGCAUUUCCCGUGUUGCUACAAACCCUCGGUAAACAUCAUUUCAAUAGGAGCAGGAUGCUCCAUCGAGUGGCUGUACCACGGUUUAUUUAAACACUCUCUCCUGUCAGGCCUGUGGAUUUUUUUUCCCCCUGUUGGUUUCUUUUUCCAUCAUAAAUAAAUCGUCCUUUGUUUUCCUGUU